AUGGCUGGAUUGGAGGUGCUGUACGCUUCGGCAGCGCCGGCCAUCACCUGCGCUCAGGACGCGCUCAUCUGCUUCCUGCACUGGGAAGUGGUGACGCACGGCUACCACAGCCUGGGUGCCGGCGACCAGCCAGGCCCCAAUGAUAAGAAAUCAGAACUGCUGCCAGCUGGGUGGAACAACAAUAAAGACCUAUAUGUCCUCCGGUAUGAGUCUAAAGAUGAGUCAAGAAAGCUCCUUGUGAAGGCUGUCACAGUGGAGAACAGCAUGAUCAUCAAUGUGCUGGAAUGUGGUUCACAGCAAGUGGCAGACUUGACUUUGACCUUGGAGGAUUAUAUAGAUGGAGAACACCUGAGUGACUUCCACAGGACCUAUAAGAACAGUGAGGAACUUCGGUCUCGAAUUGUGUCUGGAAUCAUCACACCUAUCCAUGACUACUGGGACAAGGCCAGUGUGAGCAGUCCUCAACGGGAGUUCCCCCCUGCCACUGCCAGAGAGGUAGACCCGCUCCGGAUUCCCCCACACCACCCCCACGCCAGCCGGCAGCCUCCCUGGCGUGAUCCCCUGGGCCCAUUUUCUGUCGGGGGAGAAGACCUGGACCCCUUUGGGUGUCGGAGAGGUGGCAUGAUCGUGGAUCCCCUGAGAUCUGGCUUCCCCAGAGCACAUAUUGACCCGUCCUCGGGCCUCCCGAACCGGCUUCCUCCAGGCGCUGUGCCCCCAGGAGCACGCUUUGACCCCUUUGGACCCAUUGGAACCAGCCCAUCUGGACCUAACCCAGAUCAUCUCCCCCCACCGGGCUACGAUGACAUGUACCUGUGAAGGCCUCAAGAAUGUAACAUCCCAGCCUUCCCUCCACUCUCCUGGAGCUGCCACCAUUGGCCCCACCAGCAACUGUGCUCUUGCGGGCUGGGGGCAAGGGACUCUGUCCAUGUUUUUGCAGGCCGGCUGGGAUUGCCUCCCCACCCCCUACCAGAGCCAAGGCACCUGCUGCAGCUCCCCACCUGGCUGCAGAUAGGUCCCAAGGAGAAGUCUCACCACCGGCUCCUCCCC